CUUCUCUCCUCCGCGGCACCAGGUAAACAACUAGGGUAAAAUGGAUAAAGGGGCUGAUGAGACGACUACUCUUUUGAGUAACCAAACACAAAACUAUGGCCCGGGAGCAGUGGACCAAAGUAUAGAAAUUUCAGACCAAGGUCGCCAAAGCCCAGAACCAUCAACUCCACCUGUGGGCCUUACAUCUAGUAUGGAAAGAAAUAAGAACCUACGACAGCGCCAUCUACGGUCUGGGGAAUGGGACGGUGCUGUAGAUGGCACCAGCAGUGGUGAUGAUGGAAUGUACGUGUUUGUACAGAAACCUGAGAAUGAAGUGGAAGCCCAGAGAAUGCAGCAAAAUUAUAUGUUUGGUUUCAAGAAAUGGAAAAGUCAUGUGACAGCACGCCCUCUGGCAGACAGAUCUGACAUUGUGAAACAGUUGUACGCAGAACAGGAGAAGGUGCCACCACCACAAGUAUCAGUUUACAGACCUUCUAAUUUCCUGUAUGUUAUCUUACUUGGCUGGUGGAUUGCCUUACUUUACUGUAUAGUGGGGUGCCUCAUGCUCUUCACUAUCAUAGGAAGAAAAUAUGCUUUUUUCUGCUGGAAGAUGGCUGGUUACUUUUUCUGGCCGUUUGGGAAAUUUGUCUCAAUGGUACUCCCUAGAGUCAUCAGACUUAAUGAGAGUGGCACAUUGCUAGAGUCAAGGGACAGGGAUUACACUGUCAGUGACACGGUGCCUCUAGUCUCAGGAACACCCAGCCUGGGAACUAAACAUAGUAGCUAUGGUUACUGGAAACAUCCCCAGACAUAUGUAUGGCUAGUGCUGGGUCUUCCACUGUUGUUUAUCGUCCAUGGAGUGGUGUUCCUCCUCUCCUGGUUCUUAGUUAUCACCAUCCCAGUAGCUAAGUUAAACCUCAAGGCCAUAAGAGUUAUGCUGUUUCUUCCUCCUGACACUGUUCAAAUCAAAACUUCCAGCAUGAGCCUAGUGAGUCCUGACAGUGAGAUCAUCAUCUACACACACCAGUCUGUGAAUUUUUAUUACUACAAGUACACAGUUGACGGCAUGAACGUUAUCUUAGUCAACCUACUGGUAUUUGUUCUCCUCUCUCUGGUGUUAGGGUAUGCUGACAGAGACAACCACCUCACAGGGGAUGUUACUAAAUUUAUCUUGUCGUUCCUUGCCCUCAUCCCUCUGUCAUAUUACAUUGGAAUGGCUAUCACUAGUAUCUCAGCCCAGAGUAACUUUGCUGUGGGCGCCUUGCUCAAUGCCACAUUUGGCUCCAUAGUAGAGAUCUCCCUGUAUACUGUAGCUCUUGUGAAGGGGAGACAGAGUGAAAAUACUAAAUGUUAUUCAGAGUUAGUGAAGUCUGCACUGGCAGGUACACUGUUGGGGACCAUGUUAUUAGUGCCGGUGACAUUUGCUGUGGCUCACCAUGAGUUACAUUUUGAUAAAUGUCCCCAUGUUUCUCAUCCUGUUAUUCAGGGACUCUGUAUGAUAAUUGGGGGUCUGAAGCAUCGCCUGCAGGUGUUCAACCCCAGAUCUGUAGGAGUCAGCUCUUCUUUACUCUUUGUCUCUGUGGCAGGUGCCUUCACCCCCACCAUCUUCUCCAAGGCGUACGGCACUCUUCAGUGUGGUGAAUGUGUGUACGAUACGAACAGAACCACCAGUGUUCUUCCCAAUACUUCCUACGCCCUGCAGUGCCAGGACUGUGAAUACUCUGUGUUUGGUUUCAAUGGGGACCACACCCUAUAUGACAAUCACAUCCGCCCCCUGGUGUAUGCCUGUGCUCUGGUGCUCCCCAUAGCUUACCUCAUAGGACUGAUAUUCACCAUGAAGACACACAAAUCUCACAUCCAUGACAAGUUCAUGGAGGAGGCGAAGUCACGGGGCACCGGUGAUGGUCAUGGUACAGAUGUCCACUGGGGGAGAAUUAAAAGCACAGUUAUCUUGCUGUGUUCUGUUAUACUGACCUCUCUGAGUGCUGACAUUGCCACGGAACACAUACAACCUGUACUAGAAAACUCCUCAGUAUCACUGUACUUCCUGGGUGUCACCCUGCUAGCUCUGGUCCCUGAUAUCCCAGAGGUGGUCAACGGGAUACAGUUUGCACUGCAGAAUAAUGUUAAUCUUAGUAUUGAGGUGGGAACAACCACUGCAGUUCAAGUUUGCAUGCUUCAGAUGCCUCUUCUGGUACUGCUGGACCUCAUCUAUCCGGUAGACUUUUACCUCAUCUUUAGUGACCUUCACCUCUGGGCUGUGAUUUUCUCAGUUAUUGUGAUGAACUACGUCUUCCAAGAUGGAAAGUCCAAUUAUUUCCAAGGUUCAGCGUUGUUUAUGGUGUACGUCCUGCUGAUACUGAUGUACUUCUUCUCCCCCGCUGGCAACGAGGUGUGUGGGUCACCCUGACCUGGUCACCUUGACCUGACCUCACCUUGACCUGGGUCACCUUGACCUUGGUCACUUUGAUCUGGGUCACCUUGACCUGACCACACCUUGCCCUGAUUAUUAUAAAACUGGUGCUUGUACUGAGGUCUGCUUCACAGAUUCUCUCACUGCUGCUCUUGUCUGUGUUAUGUUUUGUUGUGACUGGUUGUGAACUCCAUGUUAACUUGUUACUAUUGUUGACAGUUAUUUGUAAUGGUUAAGGUGUUCUAUGAUUUUUAUAUUAAGAGUAUUAGAGCAAGUAUUAGGUUGUGUUUUUAGCAUGAUAAUUGUACAAGUUUCAAAUAUUACACUAUUGGCUUUCAGGGUAAGAGUGAUACUGUUCUCUUUUAAUAUUUUAAAUCUUUUAAUUGAUCCUAUUUCUUGGUUAAGGAGUAUGGAUAUUGAUUUUGGACUUUAAAACGAGAGACAACGAUGAAUUUUAAAGAUGUUUUUCUCUUGUUGAAGAGAUUUGUAUGUUGUCAUGAUCUUUGGUUACUGUUUACAAAAAAAUCUGCUGUAGCUGCUACAUUAAUGUCAUUUGUCAAUCUUGUCUUAUUUGUGCAAUAUUUCUGUUUUAUGGUAGUGUUAAUAAGAAUAUGCUUUACAGCUGUGGAUGAACAAAUAUUGAUACUGUACAUGGCACUUACAAUACAUUAUUUGUUUAAAUGUUUCUUCUUAUGUGUGCUAUGUAUCAGCUUAUCUUCUGUUACGUUGAUUACCUUUAAAUAUGUACAGAUUAUAUUUGUAAAAUGUUUUAAAAAAUCAAAUUUAUAUUAUCAUGGGCAUUAGUUAUUUUAAGUUGAGAAGUAUUAUUUAUUUUAUUGCUGUUUAUAUUAAGAAAAUGUACGGCAUGUAUUCAGUGUAGAUAUUUUAAAAUUGAAAAUUUUGAUAUUUAAAGAAGUGGUUUGAUAAUUUCACCUAUAUUUUUGAUUGAAUUAUAUUGUAUUAGAACACUGGUUACCACUGACAUUAAGGGAACUUGGUGAGUUCCCGAAGAAUAUGAAGCUGUUAUUGUAUAUGUGUGUUUUGCUAAAGAUAUUUAUUUUAUCCUCGCACUUGCUCUGUUAUUAAAGCUCACCACGAACUUUUUCAGAACUAUUGAGAUUUUUUCAACACGUGUUUGGUUCAUCAGUGGUCUUUAUGGAUCUUCCGAAACAACGAUAUUGAUCUGUGUGACGUUCGGUGUAAGACCCGUGUUAACGUUCUUUUAUAUCCACUUUAUAAUACUUUACGGCCGAUUACAAUAUGCAUCUGCUUUAUUUAUCACUGAAUUGUUUCUGUUAGCGGUAGAUUAUGUUUAUUUACUGUAGGAUAUAUACGUUUUAAGUAAGACAGGGAUGCUUUAAUAAUUUGAUAUCUGUUACGUUGGCUAUGUCUUUCGAUAAACUGAAAUACAAACAUUGCUCAAAUAUCUUAGACCUAGAGAAAGUAUAUUUAAGUUGGCCAUGGUCAUUAUUAUACAAUAUGUGACAUUUUUGGGUGAUAUAUUAUCAAAACUUGCACGAGUAGAUAGCGGUUGUGAUAUAUUCUAGGUACUGAUUUCAGGGUAUACUCCUACGUGUACAUACCGGUAGUUGACAGUGAACCGAGUUUGAGGGAUAGUAAAGUUGGUCCAUGUUUUUAUAUUGUGAUACAUUUUAAUGAUAAAAAUCAACUUGGAAACGUUUUAUGGUAAUGGCAUGAGUAUGUAAAUAUAUUUACAGUUUCACUUCCAGACUUUGAGUCAAUAAAAUAUU